CUCCAGCUCCGAGUGCGCCGGCGAGCCCCAGCGGGCCGCACCGCCACCGGCCGCGGUGCCGGAGGAGCGCGCCGAGCGCACGGCCGCCAAGGAGGAGGAGCGAAGCAGCAAGGCGAGUUCCGCCCCGCAGCCCUCGGGCGGCUUCGUGCAGGACCCGUUCCUGUCUGGCGUCAACUGCUACGCCGAGGUGUUCCUCGAGGUGCCCGACACGACCCUCUCCGGGAUCAGGAUCGACCCCAAGGCCGUCACGGUGUACCCGACCACGCGGGUCUAUGGGGGCGUGUCGGUCCAGAAGGAGGUGUUGACAGGGAAGUACGUGAUCUGGGAGAAGAAGAAGUUGCACCAUCAUAAACUGUCGGAGGUCCGCCCGGACUUCCUGGAUCUGCGGUGGCCCCCCCCGCCCUGGCGC